AUGCCCCCGGCGCCCGGCAGGGGGCGCCGCCCCGCCGGCCCACGCCCAGCCGCGCGCCGGGCAGGCCCCCUCGCGCAGGCGCGCUGCCGCGGGCGGAGGAUCCGGGCCGCGCUUCCUCUCGCCAGGCCUGCGAGCUUCCUCCCAGCGGAGCCCGGGGCGAGCCGAGCUUGGCCGCCGCCGCCGCCGAGACCGCCGCCGCCAAGACCGCCGCCGCCCUCCCGCUCCCGCCCCGCCUCGCACUCUACCCGGGAGUCCUGCCGGGGUGGGGUCCGAGCGGGCGAGCGCCCGGGCCGCCGCCGUCGGGGCGUCCCCUGGCCGGCCGUCCCUCCCGCCCCAGCCAGCCUGUGGCCGCCGGAGCCUCCGGGGCGUGGAGCGCGGGGAGCCCCCGCGGCCCCCGACGCAGCGUCCGGGGCUGCCCCCGGCGGCCGGCGCGACGGUCCCAAAUCGAACCUCGGUGGCGGCGUUGGGAAGCGGAACUCUGCCGGGCCGCGCCGGCUACAUUGUCCUCCCCCCGACUCCCUCCCGCCCCCCUUCUCCCGCCUUUCUUUCCUCCCCGACCCGGGCCGCGCGGCCAUCCCCUUGCCUCUGUGUGGCCGUCCCUCCUUCCCCUCUCUUCGCACCCUUACCUCUUUGUACCGCACCCCCUGGGGACCUUUGCGCCCCUCCCCCCUGGCUGCAUGGACUGUCCCGCAGGCCGCUGAUGCUGCCCGCAGCGAGGUGGCCCGGACCGCUGUGCCCCGAGAGAGCUGCCGUCGCUUCCACUCCCAUCCCCCACUCCCUUGCCCCCUCCUUCCCGCGUUCGAAUUCUCCCGGGAGUCGCUGUCAGCCCGACUGGGAGGGGAGCGCACGAGGGAGCCUGAGGGCCUGCCGCUGAGGCCUGACAUGGUUGGGCACUUUUAUACCAACUGUGAGCUGUACAGUGCGGCCCGGGUCCCCAGGCCUUUGUAG